AACGGUGGAAACAAGAAUAAAACAAUUGGGGUUUUGUUUAUUUUGCUUUGUUUGGUAGAUGGAAUUUGGUCGAUAAAACUAUACCAUGGAGUUGUUGGAGCUCAGUUGAGUGCUAAUUUGAGUUUUUUGAGGUCAUAAUCAAUGAGAAACUUAGGAAUUCAGGUUUUGCGAUCAGAAUUGGGGAGUUUGUAUAUUUAGCAUUAUGAGAUUCAAAAAAGGGAGCAAUGUUGAAGUCCUGAGGAAAAAAGAGGUGCCUUCAGGAUCUUGGUGCUGUGCCAAGAUCAUCUGCCGUGAUGGCCACAAGUAUACUGUUAGAUAUGAUAGAGUAGAGGCUGCUAAUGAUGCGACCAUGGUAGAGAGGGUACACAGAACAGCAAUUAGGCCUUGCCCUCCUCCAUCGGAAGUUUCAGAGAAUUGGGUGCCUGGUGAUAUUGUUGAGGUUCUCGACAAUUUCACAUGGAAAAUGGCAACCAUUUCUGAGGUUUUAGGGAAUAAGUACUUUUUGGUCAGGAUAGUUGGAUCAUGCCGGGAAUACAAGGUCGGGAAACUGGAAGUUCGAGUCAGACAGUUUUGGCAAGAUGACAAAUGGGUUGUGGUAGGGAAGGAUUCAAGUCAAUAUGAGAAUGAAAAGCAUGGUGAAAUUUCAACUCUAAAGGCUCAGAAAGUCACUUUCAAGAGAUUCCACACUGCAGCCUCUCAGAAUCUGAAGAGAGGGUCAUCAAACUUGUAUUCCCAAAAUGAAGCUUAUGGUGGAGCUAUUGAGAAGUUUCGAGCAGUUGAGAGAGAUGGAAGGUGUCAAAGAGUCAUUGCUAGCAACUUAUCUAGAUUAGCUGAACAGGUAGAUGUUGCUUUGCCAAGUCAGAUGCUGGGUGGAAAAGAAAUACGUGCUACUCUUAACAACAGAACAACCGUAUUGUCUGAGGUUGAUCUAGAAAAGAAGAAAUCAAAUGGUAAUGUUGGGUGUUUGUUUGCUGUUAACUUGAAGUCAGAUGAUGUUGAUACUGUUACGUGCUCAGUAGGUAGCUGUAGCAUCGGUAGCAAUGAUCCCUAUAAGUCACCUCAUCGUGUUUCUUUUGGUUCUACUGGAGAUUUUGAAGACCAGUUUUGUGAUGCUGAAUCUGUUUGUCACUUGGGAUAUGAGGAAGGAAACUGUGUCCUUCCCACGAAGAAAGAAUUGGCUGCUGAGAUUCAUAGGUUAGAGCUGCAAGCCUACCGUUGCACGAUAGAGGCAUUGCAUGCAUCAGGACCUUUAAGCUGGGAACAAGAAGAAUUGGUGACAAAUCUUCGUCUUUCACUUCAUAUAUCAAAUGAUGAACAUUUAUUGGAACUUAGAAACUUAAUAUCUGCAGAUAACAACAUUCAAAUUAGAUGACAGAAAAGUAGAAUUAUGUCGUGUGAUUCAAUUUUUCCUUCUAGCUGUAGUGUCUGGUGAAUGAUACUCAUAAUGACCUGGCUGCACUGUAAGAAAGAAGAUGAGUUGUUUUCAUAUCCUUUUGUAUUUAGUUAAAAACAUAGUGGUUCAGUUCAAAGUUCAAGCUCAAUGUAGUACAGACUUUUCUCAGUACACAUCUUAUCAAAUACAUCUUUGUGUAUCAAUUAGUCUCUUCUGUUUGUCUUUCUCUUGGUUUUUACUAACAGCUAUAUCAUAAUUAUGAGACUCAUCAUAUGUUUACUAUAGUAAGUUGCCUAUGCAUGUAACUUCUUACUGUGCUAUGGUUGAAUUCCUGCAAGUGAUGAACUUAUAUUUUAAUUUCCCUAUGUUUGUUUGAUUUUUGGUCCUCUUUCUUAUUGGUACAGCUUGCAGCUUUCUCUUAGAUGUUCUGGUCAUGAGAUAUAUGUUGCAUUGUUUAUAUGAGUAUAUGGUUUGAUUGCCACCCUAUCACUUGGAAGUAUGACAUUUCAUUUGUGGAUGAGUAUUUAUGCUUCCCCGCAUUUUCCAGGGCUGAAGUAGGAGGAUUGUCCCCUUACUUUCAAGUCUCCAAAGUUGAUGCUGGGGCUUGCCAGCUUUCUCUCAGUUACAGGACGGCUUAUGAUGCUGUAUUACAUUUGGUUUCUGCAUUCUUCUUUUUCAGGCUACCUGUGAGCCUUAGAUGCCUGUUUUGCUGAAGGUUGUAAGACAAGAAUCUUGUGGCUGACAAGGGAUGACCUGAGAUGUGGAAUGCUUGAAAGGUUUUAUUUCAAACCUCUGCUUCAGCUCAUUCAUGUAUAACUUAUUUGACUCGUUGAUUUCUGUUUUAGUCUCAAUCUGUUAGACAUUCAUCUUGUACAGGUAGCAUUUCAUUUUUUUUUUCAUUUUCUGAUUCACGCUGCCCUGUCCUCUAUUUGGUGCUUGGCUUAUUUUGUCUGGGUAUUCCAACUGUAUACAAGGGGCAUAUAUUGAUUCAGUCAAGACAAAACCAUUGUCUAAAAUGAAGUGAAGUAGCAAGAAACCUUACCUGAGAAAAAAAAUUCUGCUGAUUAUUGUGUAGUCAAAUAUAUAGUAUGAAGAACUUAAUGUUUUCAUUAUUUUCAAAUUUAUGACUUGGUCAGAACUUCAAUCAUGAUUUUGGGAUAAAGACUCAACUACCUGUACUUGCUUAUAAGCCUACUGGGAUGCAACAUACUCAGUGGUGCCCUUGAAAUUUGUUACUUGACAACUUUUACAUAUAACUUCUGCUAAAGGUGGGAUGAAUAUGAUAUAUACACAUUUAUAUGAAUGCACAUCCUCACACAUUCAUGUGUAAAUCUGUCAUGCUUUCUUUGGGCAAUUUGUGGGCUUCACGGUUGCGAUUUAUAGCUCUAAACAUUCUUGUUGGGAGAUGUAUAAUCAAUUAUCGUAACUGCAAAUAUGGAAAAUGUGUUGCUUUCAUGGUGAAUCACUUAAUAGAAUAUGUAAUUUCUCUCAAAAUAAUCAGUGACCAAAUUGCUAAAUUUCCAAGUUUCAGCAGUAUAAAGAUUUCAUGUCCAGAUUUUGUAGACUGCUGAAUUCCAUAGUGCCUAUUCAUUAUAUGUUUCCUUCUAAAUUUAUCUGCCUGGUUAUGUUGCGUUACUCAUUUGGUCCCUCACAUCUGCUUCAAUUUUUGGUGAUUAUAUUAGUUAUUCAUUUGAACCAGUGAGCAAAAAAUUUGAAAAAUAUGUGUCGCAGAUGGUAUAUUGGUAUGAUGGUUAUAUGAAAGGUAUUAAGCUUCACGAUGGUAGAUUGUUACUGAGCUUACAUGAACAAAUGAAAAUUUUACUUUUUCUGCAUGCUCCUUUUGGCUUGAAAGACCUCAGAAAUUGUGUUCUCAUUCCCCCAUCUCAAGCUGUAUACAUACCACAUCUGUCUGUUAUCUGGCUUCAAGUCUUGAUUAUGCAGCCAUGAAUUACAGACUUUACAGUUUCUGCUGCAGAAUUGUUCUAUGGGAAAUAUAUAUCAGUUUGGUCCAUCCUUUGGAAACUAGGCAUAAAGCUCUGAAUGGUGUUAAUUACCCAAUUGGAACAAGGCCUUAAUUUACUUUGGCAAGAUUGCAAUUUCUCCAAUACCGGUAUCAGGCCAACUCAGGAGUUUGUUCAAUCUGAUGCCACUGCUUGAGGAUCGUGAGCAUUUGACCUGACGAACUCGUUAAACUACACCAGCAAAGUUUCAUUGCUUCAGAAAUCAAAUGAUUCAGCAGAUUGUUUGUUCACAUGCACAUUCCUCCCUGACAUUCUUUUGGACAAUCCAGUUGAAUCCUGAAGCUGGAUUUUCAUUCAUUGUUUUUCGUACUUGAGAAGAUUUCACAUAAUGCGACAGAAUUAUCCAGUGAAAUUUCAGACAUAUAUUCUUUUCUUUGUUGUACAACUAAAGCUUGAUUGUUAUUGAGAUCAAUUGAAGCGUCUUAAGUUGGUAUGCAUUAUGAUAGAAAGCUAUCAACUCUAAUGAACUGGGACCUUGUAUGACAAUUUAAAACCAGCAAGAA